GUCUUUGCAUCCCAAACCGGUGAAAACCAAGACUUCACAUCUUAUUAUAAAGUACGCAGUUGCUCUUGUUUGAAUUGGCAUUUAGCAAUGGAACUUCACUCUAAAUACCAAGUUCCUCUUGUUUUGCUGCUGCUCUUACCUGCACUAUGCCUGUCCCAAGGCUACACGUCCUCCAGAGCCACCUAUUAUAGUACCUCUGAUGGCUAUGGAACUCCAACCGGAGCUUGUGGAUAUGGCGAUUACGGCAGAACUGUAAACUAUGGGAUGGUUGCUGGCGUGUCUGGGCUAUGGAGAGGAGGCGCCGGCUGCGGUGCUUGCUACGAAGUAAGGUGCAAGGAUUCAAAAUUAUGCAACCAGAACGGGCCUACGAUAGUGGCGACAGACUUCGGUGCAGGAGACAGAACAGACUUUAUAAUGAGUCUGAAUGGUUUCUUGAAGCUGGGACGGGACUCGAGUGCAUCGCAAGAGCUCAAGAAAUAUGGCGUCGUUGACGUCGAAUACAAAAGAGUACCCUGCACGCAUGAUGGCUCCAACGUGCUGAUCAAAAUCCACGAGUCCAGCAAAUACCCAGACUACCUCGCUAUCAUCAUUCUCUACGUGCCUGGAAUGAAGGACGUCGUCGGCGUUGAGAUAUAUGACGAUUAUAGCAAAGAAUGGAGGGCCAUGAGAAGAGCGUUCGGAGCAGUGUUUGACAUAGUCAAUGCGCCACGUGGACCAUUCAAGCUGAGGCUGCAAUUCAGUGGGAGCAAAGACUGGGUAGAGUCAUCCAAGAGUGUGAUUCCCGGUGACUGGAAGAUCGGAGCGUCUUAUGACUCUGGAAUUCAUGCCUAAAUUGAAUCCCAGCUGCUUCAACGAGGGACUCCAGUAGUUGUACUUAACCUAUCUAUGUGGCUGACGGUGUGUUGUGUGUGGCUUCUAAGAAAAUAAAUAAUUUAUGUCUACGUGACGAAUGAAGAAUUAAUAAACAUUAUGCUGAU